AUGGUAGAUUCAGCUUUAAUUAUUGUUGAUGAACAAAAUGAUUAUUUUACAGGUGGCAAGUUUGAAUUGGUUCAUGCAGAAAGGGCUUUAAAUAAUACACUCAGGGUAUUGGAAAAGUUUAGAGAAGAUCAACAAAUGGUUAUUUUCAUUCAACAUGCAUUCCCAAAAGGAAGUGGCUCAUUUUUUGAAGAGGGUAGCGAAGGUUUCAAAAUUCAUCCUGCUCUUAUUCCAGCAAGUGAUGAACCAGUUUUAAUUAAAAAAGAUAUUAAUAGUUUCCUCAAUACUGGCUUAGAAUCAAUAUUAAGAAAAAAUAAUAUCAAAAAAUUAGUUAUAACUGGUAUGAUGUCGCAUAUGUGCGUCGAUAGUGCUACUCGUGCUGCCAAAGAUUUAGGUUGGUCUGAUAUUACCGUAAUCGAAGAUUGUUGUGCUACCAGAGAUUUAACUUUUGGUAAUAAAACUGUCAAAGCUGAAGAUGUCCAUGCUGCCUAUAUGAGUGCUCUUGCAUUCGCUUUUGCUAAAGUUAUAACAACUGAAGAGUAUUUAAAACUAUAA